AUGACUCCAAAGCCAGAGGCACAAGCCUAUCAGGGCAACUUUUUCGAUGUGGUGAGUUGUGAAAGUAUGUAAGGCCUUCGAAGCUUUUUGUUACAGUUUCGUGAUUCUGAUUACAAAGACUAUAUUCUGUUUGUUGGAGGUUUAGUUCUUAGUGCAGUUAAUGGUGCGUUGAUUCCAUUCAACAGUUUAGUCUUCGAAGGUUUGUUUCAUGUUCUUCAUAUUUUACAAAUGUUCUUUUUCUCUCAGGUAUUGCUAAUGCUUUGAUGGAAGGAGAAGCUCAGUGGCAGAACGGAACUCUCAAUAUGCCUUGGUUUAGCAGUGAGAUCAAAUACUAUUGCCUCCGCUACUUUUAUCUUGGCCUGGCGCUCUUCCUCUGCUCUUACUUUGCGGUAUAUCCUCUUUAAAAAAACAUUGUUUUCUUAAUUGUUCAAUUUUAGAACGCUUGCCUGUACACUUUGUGCGAACGACGCUUGCAUUGCAUAAGAAAGCACUAUCUCCGCGCGGUUCUUCGGCAGGAUGCCGGGUGGUUUGACGAGCACACAAUCGGAGGAUUGACCCAGAAGAUGAGUAGUGGAAUCGAGAAGAUCAAGGACGGAAUCGGAGACAAAGUUGGAGUCCUGAUCGGAGGAUUUGCCACUUUUAUCAGUGGUAUCGCCGUCGGGUUCUCUAUGUGUUGGCAGCUUACGCUUGUGAUGAUGAUAACCGUGCCAUUACAGUUAGGAUCUAUGUAUUUAUCAGCUAAGGUGAGCAGUGCUAAAUAUGCUUUGCACAAAACUAUUCUUGAAGCAUUUGAAUCGCGCGACAAAAAACGAAAUGUCUGCGUACUCAAAUGCUGGUGGAAUGGCGAACGAGGUAAUUGCUGGUAUUCGAACUGUUAUGGCAUUCAAUGCGCAACCAUUUGAAAUUAGCAGGUACACAGUCGGUUCUGAACACUUUCUUGGAAAAGUGGUUCGUUUCAGAUAUGCUCAUCAAUUGGACGAAGCAAAAAGAAUGGGAAUCCGAAAAGCGAUAAUCCUCUCCAUUUGCACUGCUUUCCCCAUGAUCCUCAUGUUCGCAGCCAUGGCUGUCGCAUUUUGGUACGUUCCUGUUUUCCCUUCCAGAGUUUUCCCUUUCCAAUUUCCAUAAUACGAUUUGAGUCGGAUUAAAAAGGUUACUUGACGUUUUCACUGCGUAGGCGGGCUGAAAAUAACUGAAAAUUGAAUACUGAUGUGAGAAUGUUUUCAAUGUAUUGUGAACAUGGGGAUCUUACAGGUACGGUGCAGUUCUUUCUGCAGCCGGUGUUGUUUCUUCUGGAGCUGUUUUUGCUGUUUUCUGGGCAGUUCUCAUUGCAACGAGACGUCUCGGAGAAGCCGCUCCACACAUGGGAGCAAUCACCGGAGCACGCCUUGCCAUUCAUGACAUCUUCAAGGUUAUUGACCAUGAGCCGACCAUCAACUGCACGUCAAAAGAAGGAAAACGCCCGGACAAAAUUCAAGGAAAACUGACGUUUGAUGGAAUUGAGUUCACUUAUCCAACACGACCAGAUCUCAAAAUUCUGAAAGGAGUUUCAUUCGAAGUGAAUCCUGGAGAGACAGUUGCUCUGGUUGGACAUUCCGGAUGUGGAAAGUCAACCAGUAUUGGUCUUCUCAUGAGAUUUUACAAUCAAUGUGCUGGAUCGGUAACAAGGAACAGCAGAAACAUAUAACUUUACAUAGAAAUUACAGAUCAAACUUGACGGAAUUCCAAUUCAAGAGUACAAUAUUCAAUGGCUUCGUAGUACAAUUGGAAUCGUUCAACAGGAGCCAAUCAUUUUUGUCGCCACAGUCGCUGAGAACAUAAGAAUGGGCGAUGAUUCCAUCACCGACGAAGAUAUCGAAGAAGCAUGUGAAAUGGCAAACGCUCAUGAGUUUAUCACAAAACUCAGCGAUGUAAUUGAUUUCUACAAAGGUGUUCGAAUCUUAAACAAAUGUUUUUCAGGAAUACGACACAGUGAUUGGUGCAGGAGCUGUUCAACUGUCCGGUGGCCAGAAACAACGUGUCGCCAUCGCCAGAGCCAUCGUCAGAAAACCACAGAUUCUUCUUCUCGAUGAGGCCACGAGUGCUCUGGACACGGAAAGUGAGCGCAUGGUUCAGGCAGCGCUUGACAAGGCCUCCCAAGGAAGAACCACCCUCUGCAUUGCCCAUCGUCUCAGUACUAUUCGAAAUGCCAGCAAGAUUUUGGUAUUCGAUCAGGGACUCAUUGCCGAGAGAGGUUAUUGUUAGAAACUUUGGAGUUGAAAACAAAAGGUAUUAUUCAGGAACACAUGACGAGCUUAUUCAAAAAGACGAAAUCUACGCUAGUAUGGUGAGAGCUCAAGAAAUCGAGCGAGCCAAGGAAGACACGACAUUAGAUGGUGUGUGCUUCUGCAACUUUCCCGCAAAUCGACUUCCUCUAGGCUAGUCCCUGAGAUAUUUAACACUCUUCCACUUAGCUAACGUCUCUCCUUGCUUCAUCAGUUCUCUGUAUAUCCAGCAUCUGGGUGCAUUUUUUCAGAUGAGAAAGCGGAUGAAGAUCAUCGAGCCUUCCAUCGUGACACUGUCACCUCCGAUGAGGAGCGCGAGAUACAGCAGAGUCUGGCACGAGACUCGACUCGUCUCCGUCAGAGUAUGAUCAGUACCACGACUCAGGUACCGGAGUGGGAAAUCGAAAGUGCACGUGAAGAGAUGAUCGAAGAAGGGGCCAUGGAAGCGUCUUUGGUGGACAUUUUCAAAUAUGCAUCACCGGUACUUUUUAUGAUAUGAGAAACAAUUUUGAAAUGAGAAGAGUUGUAGGAAAUGCGCAACGUGAUCAUUGCGCUCGUGUUCACUUUAAUCCGUGGACUUACCUGGCCGGCCUUCUCUAUCAUUUAUGGACAGCUUUUCAAGAUUCUCUCAGCUGGCGGUGACGACGUUUCCGUCAAAGCACUGCUGAACUCUCUCUGGUUCUUGCUUCUUGCCUUCACUUCUGGUAUCAGUACACUUGUUUCUGGUGGCCUUCUCGGCAAAGCCGGUGAAACUAUGUCGGGCCGUCUUCGUAUGGAUGUUUUCAGAGUAUGACUAGGGUAAAUAACACAACAAAAACAAAUUUGUUUUCAGAAUAUCAUGCAGCAAGAUGCAAGCUACUUCGAUGACCCAAAACACAACGUUGGAAGUUUGACCUCGCGAUUGGCCACAGAUGCUCCGAACGUUCAAGCAGCCGUUGAUCAACGUCUUGCGGAAGUAUUGACUGGAGUCGUGUCACUAUUCACUGGAGUUGGUGUUGCAUUCUAUUACGGAUGGAACAUGGCACCAAUUGGACUUGCCACGGCUUUGCUGCUAGGUACAAAUUUUCAAAAACAACAAGAAAUAAUUCAAUAUUCAUAAUUAUCAGUUGUUGUUCAAAGUGGAGUUGCGCAAUACCUCAAGUUCCGUGGACAGCGCGAUAUGGAAUCUGCAAUUGAAGCCAGUCGAGUAAGCGAAACAAAUUAUCACUAGUAUGCAAUAUCAUUCCUCUUUCCCUUGCAGCUUGUCACUGAAUCCAUUUCAAACUGGAAAACCGUCCAAGCUUUGACCAAACAAGAUUACAUGUACGAAGCAUUCACGGCUGCUUCCAAGUCCCCGCACAGAAGAGCCAUCGUCCGAGGCCUGUGGCAGUCUCUCUCGUUCGCUUUAGCUGGAAGCUUCGUGAUGUGGAAUUUUGCUAUAGCAUACAUGUUUGGACUUUGGCUCGUUUCCAACCACUGGAGCACUCCAUACACCAUCUUCCAGUACGUUAACUUUGAUAGCGUGUUUUUCAAAACGAAUGUCAUUUUUUCAGGGUCAUUGAAGCUUUGAACAUGGCAUCUAUGAGUGUUAUGCUCGCGGCUUCAUACUUCCCAGAAUACGUCAGAGCCAGAAUUUCAGCUGGUAUAAUGUUCACAAUGAUUCGGCAGAGAUCUGUGAUUGACAACCGUGGACUUACUGGAGACACCCCUUCAAUCAGGGGAAACAUCUUCAUGAGAGGAGUGUAUUUCGCCUAUCCGAAUCGUCGCCGUCAGUUGGUGUUAGAUGGAUUCAACAUGUCCGCCAAUUUCGGUCAAACAGUAGCUCUUGUUGGACCGUCAGGAUGCGGAAAAAGUACAACUAUUCAGUUGAUUGAGAGAUAUUACGACGCUCUGUGUGGAACCGUCAGGAUUGACGAUCAUGACAUCAGGGACAUUUCCGUCAAGCAUCUCCGUGACAACAUUGCUCUGGUCGGACAAGAACCCACUCUCUUCAACUUGACUAUCCGCGAAAACAUCACCUACGGACUCGAGAACAUUUCUCAAGAAGCUGUCGAAAAAGCAGCCACUCUUGCCAACAUUCACACAUUCGUCAUGGGACUUCCCGAUGGUUACGACACGUCAGUCGGCGCGUCCGGAGGAAGGCUGUCUGGUGGACAGAAGCAGCGAAUAGCUAUUGCCAGAGCAAUUGUUAGGUAAACAUUCAAGUUUCUGUUUACUUUUGCAAAGUGAUGAUUUUCAGAGACCCAAAGAUUUUGCUUCUUGACGAGGCCACGUCGGCGCUGGACACAGAAAGUGAGAAGAUUGUGCAGGAAGCAUUGGACAAGGCGAGGCUCGGAAGAACGUGUGUCGUGAUUGCCCAUCGUCUCUCCACCAUCCAGAACGCCGAUAAGAUUAUUGUAUGUCGUAGCGGAAAAGCGAUCGAGGAAGGAACCCAUCAGACCCUGCUGGCUCGUCGCGGUCUUUACUACAGACUAGUGGAGAAGCAGUCGAAUUGA